CCCACUCUCAGAUGAACUGACCGCUUGUUUCCUCUUUACAAGGGCCUCUCCCCUUUCCGCGCCACCCCCGUGGCCAUGGCAGGUUCCUCCUCCACAUCCCCAAACAUCCUCGGCAAAAUCCACCGAGUAUUCUCAUACACGAGGAAAGUAACACAUGUACUAGGGACCACCCGCAGAAGGUUGGGAAAGAGACCUUUGUAAUAGCCCACGAACCCUUCGUUGCGCCAAAUCUGCUUGAUCAAGGCAAUGACACCUGGGCCCCUCACAUGGGUUGUCGCACUUGGGUCGUAAGUCUGCAGCCUGGCUCGCACCAGUUGAUGAGGAUAAGUCACGGUCCCAGCGAAGACCUUUGACAACGAGGAAGCCAUUAUUGUAUCUAGGUUAGAGAGUGGCUGGUCUCUCUUGGCCGUCUUACGCCAUAGCUUGAGCUUCUCGUAAGCCACAAAAUACAGCGAACCAUGGCUGACGCCGACCAGCGUAGGAGUUAGGCCAUGAAAGAACCCACGGAAGCCUUCUGUUUUGUAUAUUGCUCGCAAUCCGAACAUCAAACCCGGAUAUGCUCCCGCUUGAGAGGCGGAGGUGGAAAGCAUUCGCGUCUUUACCACCCAGAUUGGAUUCGUAAGUAUCGCAGCGAGCAGGCCAGACGCAGAGGAGGCCGUGAGGUAGUCGACAGCUGUGAGAUGUUGACCGGCCGCAUAGCCUCGGAGGUUUCGGAUGGCAUCUUGAGCUUCACGGUACCACAAGAAGUACAAAGCCCAGCCAGCAGAAUUGCCCACCAGAUUGGGGCUCAGUCCUCGGUACAGUGCUGCGAGCCGACUGGGGCCUUCAUUUCGCAAGAUGUCUCGAAGAACAGCUCGAGAGGAAUUUAGGAGAGGGUGGGCAGAAGUGUCGACUAAUCGAGCAUAUCAAUAGGAUGGUCUCUUGACGUUCCGGGGCAUCACACAUACCCUGCAACCUCGUUUUGAUGAUAUCCAAAGGGUGGACAAUCACGGUGGAUAUGAGGCCGGCAGACAAGCCUGCAAUGGUCUCAAUGGAAGCAGGUGACAGUCCAUGGCUGCGCUGGGACGUCAUGAGCUCAAGGUUCGGGAAGAUAAGCGAAAUACUCGAAGAUUCAGACGACUAAGGAAUAGGGAAACGACUGAAAGUGGUUGUUGCACCGAGCUCGAACACCAUCUUCAAGGAAGUCGAGUCGAGACAAUUGAAGGACAAUGGCUAGAGCGGCAUGCGUGCGUUGGCGGCUACAAGCAAAGGAGCGCGAGGAUGCUGUGGUACAGUGACUCUGUGUUCAUGGCUGUCCAGAUGGAAUUUGAUGGUCUCACAAAUUGUCGGUUGAUGACGCAGGGAGAAGCGACGAACAGGGCCGAGGAAGAUGUUCGCUGAUGGCAAGUUAGCCGGAGCCUCACGUGCUGGCUCUUGGCAUUACGGUGAAGCACGCCACUUCUCGGAUGUUGUCACAUAUUCCCUCCACUCGAUGCUUUAAUGCUCCAAUGCCGUCGUUUAUCACCUCCACAAGCUGCGCAAGCUACGCGGAAAAAAAGGGUCUGAGCAGGUCACCGCCAAUCCUAGAGCCAAUUGUCAGGCUGGACUGAGGCAGAUGCUCUCCACCUCCUCAGACAAAUAAUUUCAACUGCUUCCGCUAUCGGGUUUUCGGAUCGUCGAGAUGCCAUUUCACGCCACUUCCUGAACUCCUUAUGUAGCGAACUCUGGACGACGCUGCAACACUCUCUUUGAACCUAAGAACCAUCCGAACCGCAUCAACAGUCCCUUUGAAUUGUCAUUGGCGUUGUCGGUCAACGUCUCCAACUCCUCGGGCGAGCAGAGCAACAGAAUUUCCGCUGGAGAGGUGACGCGACGCCUGCCUCUCUUUCACGCUCCUCACCAUGGACAUCAUCCUGGAAAUCGUGGACACCCUCCUACUCGAUCGCAUCUACGCGACAUUAUUACCCGCCAGUCCAUCGUCUUACGUCGAACAGAAAUUCAACAAUGCCACGACGACCACUUUCUCGAGUAUGCGGGAAAGCGCGACCUCUACGCCGCAAUAUACAUACAUCUAUGAACCUGCUUCACGGCUCAUCAGCUUGGACCCGACUGAAUGGACCUACAGCAGCUCAUGGCCUCGCGACAACAUUUUCAGACAAGGCAUCAGCCUGUUCUUUAUAGUUUGGUUUUUUGGACUCAUUCUCUACUUCCUCUGCGCCUCGCUUUCAUAUUACUUUGUCUUCGACAAGGCCACCUUUAAACAUCCCAAAUACCUCAAGAAUCAGAUCCGCAUGGAAAUCAGCCAAGCCAAUCGCGCCAUGCCGCUGAUGUCGCUCUUAACCGCACUCUGCAUGCUGGCCGAAGUGCGUGGCUACUCCAAACUCUACGACCUUCCCAGUGAAGCUCCUUUUGGAUGGUACAACGUCCUCCAAUUCCCUUUCUUCGUCCUCUUCACCGACCUCUGCAUCUACUGGAUCCAUCGCGGCCUACACCACCCGCGAGUCUACAAAACCCUCCACAAGCCACAUCACAAAUGGAUCGUGCCUACGCCUUAUGCUUCGCACGCUUUCCACCCUCUCGACGGGUUUGCGCAGUCCAUACCAUACCAUCUCUUCCCCUUCCUGUUUCCGUUGCAAAAGUUCGCCUACAUCGCUCUUUUUGUCUUCAUCAACAUCUGGACUAUCUUCAUCCACGACGGCGAGUACUACGCCAACUCUCCCUUGAUCAAUGGAGCUGCUUGUCACACUGCGCACCAUUUAUACUUUAACUUCAAUUAUGGGCAGUUCACCACGCUGUGGGAUCGACUGGGCGGAAGUUAUCGAAAGCCAGAUGAGGAGUGGUUCAAGCGGGAGACGAAGAUGGGGCAGAAGGAAUGGGAAAAGCAGAGUCGAGAGAUGGAAAAAAUUGUAAAAGAAGUUGAGGGGCGGGACGAUAGGGGUUAUCUGACCGAGGAUGUGAAAAAGGUACAGUGAUGUAUCGACUCAUUGUCCGACCACGCGGACUAAGAUGAUGGAUUUGGUGCGCAAACCCUGCUAACAAUACUGCCUCUGGACACUGUGCGGUGAGUGAUGGGGGCAGUCUAUCAUUUCAGAUAGGACAUUGCAUCAUGGCCCAAAGGGGCUUCAGUAAAAGCAAGCGACAAGAGAAUACAGUCAUUCGCGGCCAAGUCUGUAUCCAUAGACUUCCUUUGAGGAUAGUGAACCAUUAAUAGCUUAAUCAAGAAAUACUAAAAACCCA